AUGAUGAUCGACGUAGCCUAUGCUAUGACUUAUUUACAUGAGAAAAACGUUAUUCACGCUGAUUUGAAGUCUGACAAUAUUCUAUUGAGAUCUGAUGGUACGGCACUUCUUUCUGAUUUUGGUCUUUCAAAGGUGAUCGAAGAUUCUUCAAUGCACCACAGCUACACAGGAGCUAUCAGAUGGCUCUCACCAGAACUUUGCGGUCGUACUUCAGAACGAUGUUCAUUUAUGUCUGAUGUUUGGGCUUAUGGAUGUGUCCUACUAGAAAUAAUCACGAAGAAACUUCCAUGGGAAAAACUAUAUAAAAGCAAUGAUGAUGUGAUGCAUGCUCUUUCUAAUGAACGUAAUGCUAGAAUAUUUCAAGAAUUUUGCUACAACCAAGAGGCACCAGAUAACUUUCGUAGAAAUCUUCGUGCUUGUUGUGCUUGGUCAAAAAUGAAUCGACCGAAUUUUGCCAGAAUUGUUAACAACUUUUAUCAGACACCAAUGAACGAUGAUCAAAUUCAAAAGGAACGAAAUAAUACUUCUGAAGAAACGGAAACAUCUCACUUUCAACUACUACGUUCCGCUCCAAGACGUCCUCAAGGCUCUUUCGAAAAAAACAACCGUCAACAACAGAUUGAAUAUUCAAACACAGCGUUGUAUGAUUCUCGAGACGAUACAAACAACGAAUUUUAUUCAUCAUCCUCAGCAGCACAAUUUAAAUAUGCAGGACACACCCCGUUUCCCAGAAAACUACCAUGA